UCCUCCCCCGGAGCAGGAAGCUGCUGCUGGGACUGAGAAACACACAGAGAGAGGUGCUCUACAAAACAACCAGAGACUCUUCCAGCAGAAUGUAGCCCCAACACAGACAUCCAGCCCCACAACAAGCCUACAUGUCCCGCAGGGUGCAACAGCAGCAGCCGGUCUAACAGACAGUGUUUCUCCCCCAUGAUGAAGGAGCUGCAGGGCUGCGGGAUGCGGUCCUCGGUGGGCUUUCUGUCCCGCAGAGAGCUCACCGGACAGCCGCUACUGAAGGACGAGUUCCAGAGGCGGAGGAUGGCCGGUUGCUCCAGCCUCUUCAAGAAGGACAUGCUCGGUCACUUCGGAUGCGUCAACGCCAUUGAGUUCUCCAACAACGGAGGAGAAUGGCUGGUUUCUGGAGGAGACGACCGUCGGGUUCUGCUGUGGAACAUGGAGGAAGCUCUCCACGCUCGCUCCAAACCAGUGAAGCUGAAGGGAGAACAUCUGUCCAACAUCUUCUGCCUCGCCUUCGACAGCACCAACAGGAAGGUCUUCUCCGGAGGAAAUGAUGAACAGGUGAUUCUUCACGAUGUGGAAAGAAUGGAAACCAUUAACGUGUUCUUGCACAUCGACGCUGUGUACAGUCUGUCCGUCAGCCCGGUGAACGACAACGUGUUCGCCAGCUCUUCUGACGACGGACGAGUCCUGAUCUGGGACACCCGCGAGCCGCCAAGUACAGAGCCGUUCUGCCUGGCCAGCUACCCCUCAGCGUUCCACAGCGUGAUGUUUAACCCGGUGGAGCCGAGGCUCAUCGCCACCGCCAACUCCAAGGAGGGCGUGGGAUUAUGGGACAUCCGAAAACCUCGCAGCUCGUUGCUGCGUUACGGCGGCAGCAUGUCUCUGCAGAGCGCCAUGAGCGUCCGCUUCAACAGCUCGGGCACUCAGCUCCUCGCUCUGAGGCGCCGCCUGCCGCCCGUCCUCUACGAGCUGCACUCACGCCUGCCCAGCUUCCAGUUCGACAACCAGGGAUACUUCAACUCCUGCACCAUGAAGAGCUGCUGCUUCGCUGGGGACCGCGACCAGUACAUCUUGUCUGGCUCCGACGACUUCAACCUCUACAUGUGGAAAAUCCCAAAGGACCCAGAAGCCUGGGGCGCAGGCCGGGUGGUAAACGGUGCGUUCAUGAUCCUGAAGGGCCAUCGGUCCAUCGUGAACCAGGUGCGCUUCAACCCUCACACCUACAUGAUCUGCUCCUCUGGCGUGGAGAAAGUCAUCAAGGCGUGGAGUCCGUACCAGCAGCCGGAGAGUCUGGGGGAUCUGGAGGGCCGGGUGGAGGAUAAGUCCCGCAGCCUGUACACUCACGAGGAGUACAUCUCCCUGGUGCUGAACUCCGGCUCCGGGCUCUCCCACGACUACGUGAGCCAGUCGAUCCAGGAGGACCCGCGCAUGAUGGCCUUCUUCGACUCGCUGGUGCGCCGCGAGAUCGAGGGCUGGAGCUCCGACUCGGACUCGGACCUGAGCGAGGAGGCCAUCAUGCAGCUGCACGCCCGUGGACGAAGAACCACCACCAGAACCACACCAACACUUCCUCUUACUCUUCCUCCUCCGGCUGCUGCUGCUGCUGUUGCUGCUGCUCCUCACAGCGACUCAGAGAACUCCUCCUCUUCCUCACUGGUUACGGAGGAUCGUCUGAGGAGGAGAAGAAGGAGGAGAAGGAGAAACCAGAGCCAAGUUUCGGGGUUCCUUGUGAACGAGGAUUCGGACUCUGAGUUCUGGUUGGACCCGAUGCCGCGUCCUCGCUCCCCUAGCCCCCAAGAAAACUCUGCGCUCUCCAGUGCCGCCUCCUCCUCCUCCUCGCCGUCGCUCCCUACCGCCGUCGCCGCUGCUUCCUCUUCCUCUUCCUCCUCUUCCUCCUCCAGCUCCAGCAGCGAGGAUGAGCAGCGUCGCAGCGCGGUGAGGAGGAGGAACGUGAUGCGGCGCCGACGCAUGAACGUGGUCUCCAGAGCCGAAGAUCGACCCGAUCCGACGCCGCUGUUCUCCGCCGUCGACUCCUGCAACUACCCGUGCAUAUCUGUGGACGAUUUCACCUCCUCUUCAUCUGGGGAGGUGCAGAAACCCAGAGAGGAAGAGGAGGAGGAAGAGGAGGAGGAGGAGGAGCUGAGUCCGUCUGACUUUGUGUGUCUGAGCCCGGAGGAGGCUGGACACCGGACUGGAGAUAAAGGGGGAUGUGAGGGAGGGGAGGCGGGCAGCAGCUCCUUCACUUUGGACUCCUUGAGCCGUGGGACUAAAGGGCGCCACCGGACUGCAGCUCCUCCCCCCCAGAGAGAGGAGGUCCAGAGAGAGGAGGUCCAGAGAGAGGAGGUCCAGAGAGAGAGGGUCCAGAGAGAGAGGGUCCAGAGAGAGGAGGUCCAGAGAGAGACGGUCCAGAGAGAGGAGGUCCAGAGAGAGACGGUCCAGAGAGAGAGGGUCCAGAGAGAGGAGGUCCAGAGAGAGACGGUCCAGAGAGAGACGGUCCAGAGAGAGAGGGUCCAGAGAGAGGAGGUCCAGAGAGAGAGGGUCCAGAGAGAGGAGGUCCAGAGAGAGAGGGUCCAGAGAGAGGAGGUCCAGAGAGAGACGGUCCAGAGAGAGACGGUCCAGAGAGAGGAGGUCCAGAGAGAGGGGGUCCAGAGAGAGGAGGUCCAGAGAGAGGGGGUCCUGAGAAAGGAGGUCUUGAGAGAGAACCUCCUCACCUCCUCGGACUCAGAGGAGGACCCCCGGCCCCCGAGGGGGAGCGCUCUGAAACGGACUCGUGUCGCGUCAGACGACGGAGGCUCUCCUUCAGAGAAAAGAUGUAAAACAUAA